GAGUGAAACAAGCUUUCAAGCGGGAGAAACCAGUUUUAAAAUCCGCCGUCCAAUGCAACACAAACCGGAUCUUGUCCCCUAAAAAAACCCGUCCCUCACCCUCUCAUCUUCCCUUGAAAUACCCUGCAAACUCUCUUCUCAUCAACAAAUCCAACUCCAUUCACUCAAAUCUAGAGAGAGAAACUAACUUCAUUUCAAGUAAACCCGCCCUUGAAUCUGGAGAGAGAAACAUGGAGAGCAAGGCUCCAGUUUCCAACCCAAGAGAGAGGCACGGCCCUCGAAGCGUGGUCCCAAUUGAGCCAGACACCAUUCUCUCUUCUCAAUUCCCAGAAUCCCUCAUAGAGAGAGAAGACCCUUUCUUCUCUUCUAAAGUCUUGAAAAGAGAGCCAUCAAAGGCCUUCUCUUCUCGAGUCUACUACCGAGCCCCUGGAACGGUUCCCUUCAAUUGGGAAACUCAUCCCGGGAAACCCAAAAUCUCGCUGGAAAAUGACAUCGCAUGGCCGGAAGAUGACAUCCUCCCACCACUUAGCCCACCUCCUAAGCUUCAAAGCCUAGAGCUUCGCACGUGCCAGUCCCACCAGCACGUGAAAAAGUCGAGAUUGGGGAUUUUCAGAUUGGGGAAGAGGAGAGUUUGUGAUCCUGUUAAGGAGGCAUGUGUUGUAAAGGAAUUCGAGUCAUGGGGAUCGUCGAGUCAGUCGGGAAGCUCCGAGUCUUCCCUAUUUGGGAGCGAGCCGCAUGAAAUAGGGCACGUGGGGGGCUUGGAGGAGACUUGUGUAGUGAGAAGCUGUGUUCGUUUGAACUUAUCAAGUAUUUUUAGCAAGGUGGUUAGAAGGUCGAAGUGAAUAGAUGGCUGAGAUUGAGUCUAAUAGUAUGUGUAUGCAUCAUAAGGGUUGGUUAUGUACUUUAAUUUUUAAAGUAAAAGUUCGAGGAGUUUAUAUUUUAUUGGCAAAAGAAUUCAUAACAAGGACUUAGGUUGUGGUUCUCUCAUUAAGGUU